UUGGGACCCAUGGACCUGAAGGAACAACCACCCUGUUUUUUGAGGGACAUAUUCAGAGGCUCUCUUUCAGGUUUUACUGGAAAUGCUGAAUGGCGCAAUUGCAGCUUGCUGUGUGUUCACAUAUGGAUCCAAUGGCGUCCAAUCCCAGUCUUCCUGCAACAAGUCAGGAGAGGUGUCGUCCUGAGGCUCUUAAAGAGCAGUCCAAGUUAGAGCACCUGAGCACUAAUUUCCAACAGCAACUCCUGUGCAGCAAAGAUAAGAAGCUGGCAGAACUUCAUAUCCAAAAAGGGCGAAGCUCUUCCUGUUCUCAGCCUGCAGAAAGUAGUCAGCUGAUAUUGGAGAAGGCAGGCUUCUAUUUUGCUGGCCCUCACAACUGGUAUUUCAAGGGUCAAGCCAGCACUCUUCCAUCCCACUGGAGAACCAAACGGAGAGAAGGUGUGGACAGGGCAUACCCGCUUAAACCAGUCUUUCACCAUAAAGCUGGGAAUGCACCCCUACCCAGUUCUUGGCAGGUUGGGAGCCCAACAGCUAGAGAGACUACUUCCAGUGGCACUAACUCAGAGAAAAAUGGAAGAUCACAUGCAAUCAAGGCUCAACCCAUUGGAGUGCCAUCUCCUUUUCCCAUAGAGCAAUCCAAGAGAGCAGCUUCUCAUUCACGAAGGGCAGAGCCAGGCUACAUUCAAAAACUUGAGGCUGCUGGACGGACUUUGGAGGAAGAGAUCCAGCGCAAGGAAGCCCUCCUCAGGGAGAAGCUGAGGAGAACAGAAGAAGAGCUCCGGAGAAUCCAGUGGGAAAGGCAGCAGGCAGAGGCUGAAGCAAGAAGGGAGCGAGGAGGACUGUGGCUGCCUGAGAGGAAAGCACCAGGUUUUUGUCAGAGCAAUACUUCCAGAUCUACAACCCACCCAUGCAAUGGUCAAAAGGUACAUGUUCCGGAGAGCCCCAUGGCAUCAGUGGGGACUGCUAUGCUUCCCGAGGUGCUCCAUAUGGAAAGGCUAAAAAAACAAAGGUUGGUGGCUAGCAACAGUAAAAUUCGAGAAAAUGGACCUCAGAAUUCAGCCACUUGCAGCCCAGAACUGACUUCCAUGCAUGUCCAAGCUCGUCCUGCAGCAACCCCUUCACAACACAUUGCCUGUGUGACAGCAGACCCACUAAUUAUGGAAGCUCCAAGCAGCGUAGAAAAUUGGGGAGAGUGCAGUUCCUGUGGACGGAGGCUUUACUGCUCCAGGUUGGAGAAGCACAUAAGCAUUUGCAGCAAGAACCAUGGCUCCAAGAGAAAAGUGUUUGAUUCAAGCAAGGCUAGAGCAAAGGGCACUGAAUUAGAGACGUAUCAUCUCAUGAAAGGCUCAGAUAUCUCCCAGAAAAAAACAUCCAUCCAAAACUCUGAGGCUUCCAAGCAAAGCAGAGAUAUACCUAAGCAAAGCAACUGGAGGCAGAAGCACGAAUCUUUCAUCAAGACAUUGCGCAGGGCUCGUGAGGUGCAGCGAGUAAUCUCCAAAGGGGGGAAGGCCUCAGAUCUUCCCCCAGCACCUGCCAUGGAAAAUCCAGACUACAAAUUGUGUCCAUAUUGCACCCGCCAGUUUGCACCUAAGGUGGCUGAGAGACACAUUCCCAAGUGCAAGAACAUUAAGAACAGACCCCCACCACCACAGCAAAAGAGACGUUGCUAGUAGUGGACCAAGGUGAGAUCUGCAACUGGUGUAGUCAUAGAGGCUCACUGCCAUUUCCCUAAGUUUAACAGCACAGAUAGCAGGCAAUGUUCCCAGUGCUGCUGCUUCAUUUCUCUUUUUAAUACAAACGUGUAAAAUCAGGGAGAUGCCUACAAGCUAUAAACAUAUUAUUAAAGCCCUUGUAUUGUAUACUAAGGUCAGUGCCUCCUAAGAGAAUAAGAGUUAGCUCUAAGGUAGUGCAUUUCACCUCUGUGUUGCUGAUGCGAACUGGUUCCAGUUCUUUCCUUGCACAAUUGGCAGAAACAGCAGGAAUUCUGUGUGCCACUUAGGACUUUGGAUUAGUGUUCUGCAAAGAGGUCCUACUGAAAAAUAGCAGAAGUAAAGAUCAAGCUCCCAACAAUCUUGGCUCAAUCCAUGCAGCUUUUUGAAGGCUUUUUUGUUCUUAUGUACCAGGGAUAGAAACGUUUCUGCUCUUGUAACUGGAAUGAAGGCCUUAAACUAUCCAAAUGCCCAAUCCUUUUCUGGCCACUAUAGCAAAGAGCAUUCUUGUUCUGUGCAUCUGAAUAUUAUUAGCAUAACAGCUGGGAAAGAGUGGUACCUACUUGGAUAUAUUACAUGCUACCCUUCACUUCUGCUUUAGAGGAGCUUCUAUCGUUCAGUUUCUUGCCUGGAAUGGCUCGAUUCCUAUCUUAGCAUCAUCUGGAAUGGCUCUUGAUUCCUAUAUGUAACCAAAUCUUAGGGAAAGGGAACUGAGAUGGUUCUUGAAGAGGUGGGCAUGUGGAUUAACCAUGCCUAUGCUGUUGGGUUUGGGAUUGAGAGAAAUCAGCCACAGAAAGUGUUCAGCAAACAAGGGGAGCAGCAGAAUGGCUGGCACUGUAUACACACCAUCUCCCAGUAACGAAUAGUCUGUAAUAAAAUAUGUGGAAGAUGGUAAUUUGGAUGACAUUCGAAAAGUGUAAUUUAUUGCAACUGGGAAUGUAAAGCAUGAAGGAAUGUAUUGCCUCUAUGUUACAACUUCCUCCCCAGUAUGACUCUCAUUUUAUACAAUGUAAUGUUUUAACAGGUUGUGUGGUUCAUAAGAAUUGCCACAGAUUUUCUCUGAGACUAAACUGUCAAAACACAGAUGUUGAUUCAAUAGCGCAAAAUAUUGAUACUGCAUUGAAGAUGGUAGGGGCAAAACUGCAGAUCACUGGCACUGAAACAAGUAGGCAAGAGUACUGAAGUGUUUAAUUUUGGGGAAAUAUAAGGCAUAGAGUUUAAGAUAGUUUCUCCUCUGAAGAAGCCACUUUAUUGGGUUUAUAAAACAACUGUUCCAACGCACUUCAAAUUUUCUGUUACUAACAAAACCCCAAAAAGGUUGAGGCUAGUCCAGUUUUUACCUUUGCACACAUGGUG